AGCAACUGUCAACUGUUUGUUUUGGUUGUUGCACAAGCGGUCUUAUCCGGUCGCGGAUUCCUGUUAUCAAAAAUUCCAAAUUCAACCAAAAAUCCGUAAGUAAAAUGCUUACUGCAUCGUCACCGAUGGUGGCCCUUUUGGCCCGCCAAACCGCAACCAUCAGCAGCGAGGUGGUGCUAAGGCGUUCCCUCUCAUCAAACACGGCCUCCAUCGUCAAGGUGCACCGCAGUGUUUACGCAAGAAGGUACCCCACGAUGGUGGUCCUGCCGGACGGGGCCACGACCAACAUCAACUACCACGAACCGCGGCGGAUCGUCAAGCUUCCCUUGGACUUGAGUCUCCUAUCGGAAUCGGAGCGGAAGGCGCGCCUGGAGAAACGUAAGCCCAAGCGGGUGAUUCACGUGGAAGACGAAGUUGAGGACAACUUCAACGCCAGGAAGUAUGCUAACUUUAUUAGAAAGAAGUAGGGAAGGGGCGGAGCCGUUGUAAAAUAUAGUUUGUUUCGGAUCAGUUAAAAA